AUGGCGCAAAUACGCGGCCCUUCGUCCUCUGACAAACCACCAACACAGACCACAGAGAGCCCCGGCGAUGGGUUCAAAGAGGUCAACUUCGAUACCGUUGGCGCAGCCGGCAUCUCAGCGGCCGCCUCAACCCCUUCCGACACCAGACUGGACGACCUGACGGGCGUGUCGAGGCCAAAAGUAUACCAUACCGGAUGGAGGCUGCAUGCCUUAACUGCGGGCCUUUGUGUCGGUCUGCUGCUGUCGACGCUCGAGACAACCAUCGUGAGCACCUCUCUAGUGUCCAUUGUCGACGACCUUCACGGUUUCGAUAGGUCCAGCUGGAUCGUCACGUCGUACUUGCUGACCUACACCGGCUUCCUCAUCAUCUUCUCUAAACUAAGCGACAUCCUCGGUUGCAAGCUCAUGCUUCUCUCAGCCAUCACUCUCUUUGCCGUUUUCUCCCUCGCCUGCGGCGCUUCCGAUUCCAUGCUGCCGCUUAUCAUUUUUCGGGCUCUUCAGGGCAUGGGAGGUUCGGGCAUAUACUCUCUAUCUACUGUCAUGGUACCUUUGAUGGUCCCGCCCCCCAAGUAUGCAACCUACAUCGCCAUCGUCUCGUCCGUCUUUGCCAUCUCCAGUGUUCUCGGCCCUAUACUCGGCGGCCUCAUAGCAGACAACACCACUUGGCGAUGGGUUUUCUUCUUCAACGGACCCGGAGGAGUCCUUGCAGCCUCGCUGGUGGCCUUCUCGGUGCCUUUCGGCUUUCCCUACGGGAGAUCCGCCAUGUCAUUCCGCACCCUGGUGUCGAGGCAGACGUGGAAACGUGUCGACUUUGUCGGCGCGUUCUUGUCUUUGGCCGCAUCCAUCCUCAUCAUCUUUGCUCUCGAGCAAGGCGGUACAGAGUACCCUUGGAACAGCGCCGCCAUCAUCUCCACCUUUGUCUUGUCCGGGACCAUGUGGCUGGCUUUCGCGGCAUGGGAGAGAUGGAUAUCGGCAAAGGACGGCGUCUGCGAGCCCAUGUUCCCGUGGCGACUUAGCUCGAAUAGGUUCGUCUUGGGUCUGCUCUUGAACGGGUUUCUUACGGGGUUUCCCUUCAUGACGGCAAUCAUCAACAUCCCGCAGAGGCUGCAGACGGUCAACUCCAUGACAGCAAUCGGUGCCGGUAUCCGCAUGCUGCCCCUGCUCCUCCUCUCCCCUGUUGCCAGCGCAGUUUCUGGGCUUCUAGCAACGAGGCUAAUGAUCCCGCCUCUAUAUAUCCUAAUGGUAGGUGGAGCGCUCCAGGUGAUCGGGGUAGGCCUAUUCAGCUCUCUCGACUCGUCUGAUCUGAAAGUGCCGGCUGCCCAAUACGGCUACCAAGUCAUAAUGGGUCUCGGGUUCGGCUUCAAUCUGACCACGAUAUUGAUGAUGGCAACAAUCGUCGUCUCGGACAAAGAUCUAGCUGUGGUUAUGGGUGCGGUGACGCAGAUCCGGGUCCUGGGUGGCACCAUUGGGCUUGCUGUCUGCUCCGCGUUGCUGAUAGAGCACAUCAAGUCCGAAGCCGCCAGGUUCUUGACGCUGGCAGAGCUAUUGGGUGUUCUAUCGUCUUCUAAGAAUAUCAAUGCGCUACCCCCCGAGAAGGAGUCCGAGACGAGAAUUGUGUUCGCCGCGGCCUAUUCUCAGCAGAUGAGGGUCAUGCUCUACUUCUCCUUGACCUCCCUCCUCUCAAUUGUCCUCCUUUUUGAGAAACAACCAAGGAGGGCAGGGAGAAACAAUACCGGCCAGAAUCCGACUUCUCCUCGUUAA